GGAUCGAGCACCUUGCGGUGGAUUUACAGCCAUUGAGAAAAAGGGGGCUAUCUUUUUUUCUCCUGAGCAUGGUGGAGUAGCAGCUGAAAGCGGCUGGAUUUCUGGAGGAAAACCCCCCUCGAUGGACAUCGGAGGGCAGAUGGUGAUUGGAGAAGCCCCGGUCUGAGGAGCUUUGUUGAGAUCUCGUCCCAACCAUGUUUGUCCCGGUUCUCGUGUUUGUGUGCCUGGGUUUGUCCGAGGCAGCGGCCACUGGACCGAAUCCAGGCUUCACCCCCGCCGUGGCUGCGCUGACCCCGGCCACAGCCACCUUCUCCUCCCGGGUGACCACCAUCGAGCUCCCCACCACGGACCCCACCACGGACCCCACCACCCCUGGGGCGUUUGGGCGUCAGAAGGCAGGGCAGAGCCUGGUGUCUGAUAGGGCUCAGCCACAUGCCAUGGAGAAUGGCCAAGAGCUGGUGUGUAACUGCAGUGCCGAAGGGGCUUUAGACCCAGACGAGUGUGACCGUGACACGGGCCAGUGUGUGUGUAUGGUGGGCUACACGGGGCUGCAGUGUGAGGAGUGUGAAGAAGACCACUUCACUAACGGCACGGACGGCUGCCUGCCCUGCGGCUGCGAUUCAUUCGGCGCUGUCAGCCCACAAUGUGACAGUUCGGGGACAUGUGUGUGUAAGACAGGAGUGUAUGGACCCAAGUGUGAUGACUGCCACCCGGGAUUCUUCCACUUCAGCAGUGAUGGCUGCCAGCCGUGCCAGUGCAACCAGCGCUCCACCUACUGCCACCCACAGUCCGGUGUGUGUUUGGACUGUCAGGAUAACACUCAGGGUCAAAACUGUGAGGAGUGUGUGCCGCGGUUCUACCGAGGGCUGGGCAGCAGUGUGAAGGACGGCUGUGUGUCCUGCCCCUGUGCCGACCACAGCUCCACCGGCACCUGCCAUCUGGAUUCCAGCGGCCGGCCCGUGUGUGAUGAGUGCAAGGCUGGUUUCAGGGGGUCCACGUGUGACGUGUGUGUGGAUGGUUUUUAUAAAUCAGGCGAUGCGUGUGUGCCAUGUGACUGUAGUGGCAAUGCAGACCCCCGCUCUAUGCCCCAAAUAUGCCACCCGGAGAGUGGGCACUGCCUUCGCUGUGCCAACCACACAACAGGCACACACUGUGAGCACUGUGCCCCUGGAUACAUGGGGGAUGCCCGGGCCCACAACUGCACCUUCAGAGCUGUGAGGCUUCUGGCAACCAUGGCUCCCAGGUCAUCUACUACCACCACUAGUACCACCACACCCCCCUCUUCUUCAACUACUUCUCCUUUCCUACUCUUCACCUCCUCUUCCCCCUCCACAGCCCACUCGAGUGCUCCGACUCUGCAGUCUGGCCCAGGUGACCCUGCCUCCAACAACAACAGCACAGCCUCAGCCCUCACCGUGGUGUCCUGGACACAGUUCAACAUCAUCAUCCUGGCUGUCAUUAUUGCAGUGGUGGUAUUGCUCAUGGGCUUAGUGGGUGGGGUCUACACUUACCGCGAGUAUCGCAACCGAAAGCUCAACGCACCCUUCUGGACCAUUGAGCUGAAGGAAGACAACAUCAGCUUCAGCAGCUACCACGACAGCAUCCCACAUGCUGACCCCAACGGCCUGCUGGAGGAAGAGCCUUGUGUCGUAGCUGCCAAUGGCCAACUGGCCCUAGCUACCGCUGCUAACAUGUACAAAGCAUGAAGGAAGGUAGGAGACGCUUCCCGAAGAUUCCCAAUACGAGAUAAAGGCACCACGUUUUCAACUAAGGUGCCCUUGCUGGGAGCCUGUGCUAACAUCUCUGUCCAGUGGAUCACCUGCUUCUAAGGUUUAACCAUUCCUUUUUGAUCUCUCCCACAGUGUGAGACAGAGAUUGUCAGACGCUUUACAUUUAAGUGAGGGUGCCCUUGCAUCGGGAGCCAGUGCUAACAUCUCAGUCCAGUGGAUCACACGCUUGUUUAUCGCUCCCUCUUCAAUAUCAGUGUUUUCUCUUACAGGUACACAAGAUGGUGGAAGGUGUCUCCUGGGAAUUCCCGAUCUGAGGAAAGUAUACUUUGCAUUUUCAAAGAAGGUUCCCUUGCAACAAAAGCCAAUGCUAACUUCUCAAUCCAGAGGAUCACUUGCUUGUAAGGUGUUACUGCUCCCUCUUCAACAUUAGAGUCCUCUCAUACAGUGUGAGAUGCUGUGGGGCAUCUCUUUGAGAUACUGCAACUAAUAAAGAAGCCUCUUUCCAUUUUUCACAAAAGUACCCUUGCGCCAGGAGCCAGUGCUAACGUGUCAAUCCAGUAGAUCACCUGCUUAUAAGGUUCUAUCACCCCUGCUUCGGUAUUGGCAUCCACAUCUAUAACGUAAGAUGGUAUGAAGUAUCUUCUGGAGAUUCUGCAUCUAAUGAAAAUGAUGCAUUACAUUUUCACUCAAGGUACUCUUGCAUUUCAAGGAAGAUGCAAGUGUAGCCAGGGCUAACAUGACAAGUAAGAUGUAUCGCUCCCCUUUCAGGGUCAAUGACUUCCCCUGCAGCAUAAAAGGACAGGAGGUGUAUCCAGAGGUUCCCAAUCUGAAGAAAAGAUGUUUCUGGGAUGUUGCCCUUGUAUUGAGAGCCAAGGCUAACAUCUCAGUCAAGUGGAUCACUGAUUUUUAAGGUUUUAUUGCUCCCUUUUCAAAAGUGUCCUCGUCUACAAUAUGAGGCAGUAUCUCCUGGAGCCUCUGACUUCAUGAGGCGUUAGAUUGGUUUAGAAAUUUCACAUUUAGUUUGUUCCCUAAUAAAUCUACAUUCCCACCAAUGUUUAGCCCAAAGUUUCUCCUGGUUCUCCCCAGAUCACAUCUUGCCCUGUGAAACUAAUUUCAGUGAAUCUGGUUUUAACUGUUAACACCUAAGUAGACAGAAAAUGCCGGAAAACAAAACAACAGUCUUAUCUGGCUAAUCAGUGGCGCUCGCUAACAUUUCAGCCUUACUGUAUGUGUGUGUGUGUGUGUUAGAGAGUGUGUGCAUAGGCAUGCAAGUGUGUGUAUAGAGCUGGAUUCUAUACAAGAAUGUACAAAGACUUUCUGAGCACGAAUGGAUGCUGCAUUGUUUCACUCAAAGCCGGUAAACAGUUUGGACUAUGUUUUAAAACUGAAAGCCAUCUUAAGUCGACCCAGAGACGUAUGUAUCCAGGUUUUUUUCCCCCCUGUCCUCUUCGACUAGUCCGGUCGAAGGCCAUUGUAAUUAAUCUGUAAAACAAAGACGCAGGAAGAUUGGAGCUCGGAGAGGACAUGUACAGGAAUGUGUUUUCAUUCCUUUCCCUUUCAAGGACCUUAUUACACUCACGAGCGAGCGAGAGUGCUCUUGAAGUUGACUUCGUUUCAUUUGGUUUUGAGUAUUCAUAUUUAUUUGUUAUUUUUGUGCUUGUUGCUGUGGUCUCUUGUCGUUCUCCCUGUUCCUCUGCUGUUUGUAUUCAUUUUUGCAUUGUAGUGAACACGAGUGCUGGAAAGCCAACCUUGGCAAUGAAGACAGUGAGGUGCUUCUCUAUUCCUCUGCUUUCCUCGUUUGUUCUUUCCUCCCAUCACACUACAGAAUGCCUCAUCAGUCUGCUAUAUUUAUAGGUUUGUUGCUUGUUUUCGUCUUUGCCCAGUCUCUCCUAUUUUUAAUACGUUUCUGCAUAAUUUGAGAUGUAAAGGAGGUCAUUCAGAGUGGCUUAGAGAAAUUGUACUGACUGUUCACAGUGGUGGUGAUAGGACACAGAUGCCUGCCUAUAAAAGCUCCCUCCCAGAAAAUAAAUUAAUAUUAGGAUGUUUUUGUGGGAGAUAUGAGAUGAUUUUGGCCUAAAACUGAUUUUCAGGGCAGAGGGUUACAUUCUGGGUGUUCCAACACAAACUCCCCCCCCUGUAAACUCUUAUAUCUUCUAAACUACUUAUCCUUCAUUGGGCAAAGGGCAGGAAACACCCUGGACAGGUCACCAGUACAUUGCAGGGCAGACACAUGCAUCCACACACACAUUCACACCCAAGCGUGUCCAACUGGCCUGACCAACUGUGUUUUAACGGAGUAAAAUAGGUCCCCAGAGAAAACGUAUUUUUUUCAGAUUGUCCACUAUUUUACCACAUUCAAGGAAAUCUCUCCAAUGAACCAGUUCACAUCAAUGAUGACUUUGGUUAGGUGAAAGAUUAACAGUGUGGUCUCCUCAUCACUCACACACACUCUCACACAGACUUCUGUUAAAUUAUUUGCAAACCUCUGGCUGCCGAGGAGCCGGCUCUUCAGUGCAUAACGAGGCAAGUUGUUUGGGUUCGGACUGUCCUGAGCGUGUUUAGGUUUACUCAAGCAGAGAGCGCUCAGCAGUUUUCUAUUUACAGUGACUGGAAUAUGCCAGGAUGUAUUGGUCAGAGGUGAAUUACAGCCCGAAAGUCUUGAAUGCAACACUAAAUUAAACUAAAGCAGCACUAUGUAAGAUUUAGGGAUUUGGCGGCUUCUCUGGUGGAAAUGUGUAAUUGCACACAACAUCUGAAGAAACAUUUUGUGUCAUGAUUUGUGCUUUUUGACCCCCAGAAAGGGAUCAAUCUGAUGAUUGCGAGCGCGUUGAAAGCUUAUUCAAAGCGAACUUAGUCUCAGUCACAUUUCUUCUUUUUACACUUUGAUUUCAAAUGUCACCCUAACCCCUUGGAACCAAGUUUUAAGGGGUGGUGCUUGAAAUGGGACCCUCAAAUAAUAAAAAAAACAAAAAAAAAAAAACAUCACUUCAUUAACAGCUACUAGCGCCUGGCGACCCUGCCUGUCUGCAGUGACC